UUGAGAGGAGUGAUCCAGCCUGAGGACCUUGCUGAACCUUACUUGAUCUCACAGAAGCAGGAGCAGAUAAUGAUAAUACGCCGACUCUCUGUCCAGUGUGUGAGAAGUCUGUGGAGCGUUCCUGUUCUGACAAAGAAGCUUCUGAACACCAUGUGGACAUCUGCAACUCUGCAGAAACCCUUACAGAUGAUAGCAGAGGACAAACCCUGGGCUCUGUUCUCCACAGCCGGUGAUCUGGGUCUCUUCAAGGAACUGAGGGAUGUCAUGAAAAAACAUUUUCAUAUUCUCUCUCAUGAAGAAUUCCUUCGCGACCCCCAGAUGUACGGCCCAAAAAUCCAGGGUGUGUUUCUGUGGGACCAGCUUCCAGCCAUGGAGCCGGCUCUCCUCGACAUGCUUCCUGCUCUGAAGGUGGUCGCCAAUGGAGGAGCAGGCGUGAACCACCUAGAUGUGGCGUACCUCAACAAACGCGGCCUAACGGUGACCAACACACCUGGAGUGGUCAGCAAUGCAACUGCCGACAUUGCCAUGGCCUUGAUGUUGGCUUCAGCUCGGAGGAUUGUAGAAGGUCACAAGAUAGCGGUGGAUCCUAAAAUCGCCUGCAAAAUCCAGUAUCCAAUGGGAGUUGAAGUCACAGGCUCGACCCUCGGCAUCAUUGGAAUGGGUCAAAUUGGACAAGAAAUUGCAAAGAGGAGCAAAGGGUUCAACAUGGAGAUACUAUAUCACAACAGGAGGAGAAAGAGUGUUGAAGAUGAGCAGGAGGUUGGUGCGACCUACUGCGAGAACAUGGAUGACCUACUCAGGAGGUCAGACUUUGUCAUGCUGGCGGUCAAUCUGACCAAAGAAACCACUGGACUCAUCAGCUACAGGGAGCUGGCCCUGAUGAAACCCACUGCCACACUGGUCAACAUCAGCAGAGGUCAUGUCGUGGACCAGGACGCUUUAUUGGAAGCGCUCCAGUCGGGGACGAUUCUCGCUGCCGCAUUAGAUGUGACUUAUCCUGAACCACUCCCAAGGGAUCAUCCUUUGCUUGGCCUCCCGAAUAUCAUUAUCACACCCCAUGUUGGCACCAACACCUACAGCACAAUUAAGAAGAUGGUGGAGAAGAUGGUGGACAAUGCUUUGGCAGCGGUGGAAGGUCGUCCUGUCCCGAAUGAAGUCAAGAGCUGAUGAUGGGUCUGGUUUACAAAAAAUGGAGCUGCUAAAUAUUCCACUGGUGUUUUUAAAUAUUUGAUAUUUUCUCACCAUUUGCUGCUGACAGAAAGUCACUGGGAAGUCUCAACAGCAGUUGCACAUUUUGAACACAUCACUAAUGUUUAGUUGCAUAUGAUAACACAAUGGUGCUCGGAAUUUGAAAAAAAAAUAAACUGCUGAUUCCACUUUUAUCUUAUUUCAUUUAAAAUUUAUUUGUCUGGGUGA